GACUUUUUCCCUCCUUCUUCUUACAUUCAUCCUCGAUAAUGACUUCAAAUGAUGCCAGAGCAACUCUAGUACGGGCAACAGAUAGCAAAUUGAUCAUUGACGAAGAAAAAAGGGCGACAUACGAAGGAAAUUAUGAUCCAACUUGGAAUAUUGGAGUAGUUCCCAAUGGAGGAUACACUCUAGCAAUCGUAUUGCAUUGUGCACAUGAUUUCGUAAAGCGAAGGAUUGGAAAACAACAAGAGCAUCUGUUUUCUUGUAAUGCUACCUAUCUUGGUAAAGUGUCUGCCGAUCUACCAUACACCGUUGAAGUACGACUAUUGAAACCAGGAAGGAAUACAAGUGUUCUAGAAGCAGACAUUCUACAAAACUCUGGAAAACAAGGAUCGUCGGUCGUGUGCACGAGAGUAAGUUGCAUCUUUGCAGACUUUACCGCUUUACGAUCGGAUCCAAUCACUGGACAAUUCUCAUUCUUGCCAAACGAACCUUUUGGAAAUACUGCGCCUCUUUUGAUGGAUCCAAACGAUCGUUCAAAAGAGAAGCCAUGGUAUCCUAAACACAAAGUGCCAACAAAGAUUGUUGAUGAAAAAGCACAAGAAAAGACAAAAGAAGAUGAAGGAAGAUUAACAGUAGUACAGAGUAUGCACUUCCCGCAAGAAGAAGUAUCGGCAGAAGAUAUGAUCGGUCAUAAUUUGACAGCGAUUGCAUUUUAUAUGGAUAUGACUGUUACGUGGAAGAGUAUGAUGCCCCCAAAAGCGAAAGAAGUUUCAGGAGGCCGAACAGAUUUUUGGUUUCCAACAAUGACGUUAUCGAUAGAAAUUGCCCAUCCUAUUCCGACGUAUGCAUUACAGAACAUCGUCACAAAAGCAAAGACUACAUUUUUACAUCAAGGUCAUUGGUCUUUCGAGAUUGAAAUUUGGUCACAUCCUUCCGAUGCUGAAAAGUUACAAUUACCAAAAGGUGUCAAUAGUAUUCUGCUGGCCGUCAGUCGACAGACAGCCUUGAGUAUGUCAAUGGCUGUCAAUAAGAAAAAGUCAUCAAAGCUGUAAAUAGUGGAUUGAAUUUGUACUAUACUAUAGAAAUCAUAUUGAUAUAACUAG